UUGGAGAGGGAACGUCCGCCAGCUGUUUUCAAUACUCAGUCGGAAAACGCGGACGGGGAAAUUUUUUCAUCCGCUGCACUGAAAAUCUGAUUAAGAUUUUACAUAAUUUGGAGUAAUAAUGGAGUUUGACUCGACUUAUUAUCAGAUCUGUUCCGCGCAGACCGUCCAGUCGGAGAAAAGGGGAUUCUUCAACGAGUUCUGCGUGGAUGUGCGAGAUGCAUGUGGUGACAAGUGGCUGCGAAACUACUUUGGCAAACUGAAGUCCAAUGCGGCUCGGGUUCUGUCGAUCUUCAGCGAUCGCGAGGUGUGCGAUCCCGUGCUGGGCGUUCUGGAGCAUGUUCAGCCCGUCUUCAAGCAGAAGGAUGCCCUCUUCUCCGCCCAACGUCGUGCCCAGGCGGAUAAAUUAUUCCUGAUGAGUGGCAAUGGCGAGGGCGAGGAGAGCAGGGAACUGAUACAGCAGGCUCUGAUGGCCGCCAAUCUGGCCGUGAUGAGGGCUCCGGACCGGAACGCCGACCCCGUCAUUGAUGAUGGCCUCUCCUUGGCAUUGGCCUACAGGUCGAGGGCUUCCAUUCUGAUCCGACUGGGCGAGGGGGAGGCUGCCCUAAGUGACCUCAAAUUGGCCACCAACUUUGGACUAGAGCUGAAGUCCAGUGUGGACUACUACUGCAAGAUGGCCAAAGCUUAUGCAGUAAUGGGCGAACUCGCCCGUGCUGAGAUCUCAUUAAAAAUUGCGGAGAAGAUGUCUGGCUCCGAUCCCACUCACAUCGCCUUAUGUCGCAAGGAAAUAGCUGCGGUCAAGCCAAUUCCCAAAGAGGCCUCCUCAGAGCAGGUGCCUCAGUUGGCACAUGGCGAGAAUCCCGAACUGAGUAGUGCCUCCAAGGUGGUGAAGCUGGUUGAGACCAAGGAUAAGGGUCGUUUUGUGGUUGCCAGCGAAGGUAUAAGAACUGGCGAUGUGCUGCUCUGCGAGGAACCAGUGGCCGCCUGUCUAGAUCCCAUUUAUUUUGGUACUCACUGUCAUAACUGCUUUAAGAGGCUGCACACCCCUGUUUCCUGCCUGCAUUGCUCGGGAGUCGCCUUCUGCUCGGCCCAGUGCAUGGGUGAGGCCUGUUCCAGUUACCACAGGUUCGAGUGUGAGUUCAUGGAUCUGCUGAUUGGUUCCGGAAUGUCAAUCCUGUGCUUCAUCGCCCUGCGUGUCUUCACGCAGGCGCCCAGUUUGGAGCAGGGCUUGGCCACCGCCAACCUGCUGUUCGAGCACAUGUGCUCCCACGAGGACGAGCGCCAGCCGGAGGACUAUUUGCAGCGAUCCCUGAUGGCUGGCUUCCUGAUGCGCAUCCUUCAGAAGUCCCUGUACUUUGGUCGUCGUAAGACGGAGGGCGUGAAUCCCACCGCUGUGGAACUGCAGGUGGCCACCGCCUUGCUGGGUCUGCUGCAGGUGCUCCAGUACAAUGCCCACCAGAUCUUCCAGACCCAGGUGACCGAGGAGCAUCGAUUCGAUGGAAGCAGGAUGGUGCAAGUUGCUGCUGGACUUUAUGGCACUGGUUCCUACUUCAAUCAUGAGUGCUGGCCCAGCGCUGCUUGCCAUUUCGUGGGAAAAAAGCUGGUCCUUACGGCCAAUAAGCCACAUCGCCCCAACGAAGUUGUGGCUGUUAAUUACGGACCCAUUUUCAUCAAAACGAAUCUCAAGGAGAGGCAGAGAACCCUUCGAGGACGAUACUCCUUCAGUUGCAACUGUAUGGCCUGCCAGGAGAACUGGCCAUUGCUCCAGAAACUGGACAAGCAAGUGCGAUUCUGGUGCACUUCUCCAAACUGCGUUAACUUGCUAAAGUUCCCCAAGGACUUGGCGAAGGAUGUGCGUUGUCCUCGCUGCCGCAAAAAUAUCUCCCUUAAAGAAACUGUCAGGAAAUUAAUCAAGACCGAGGAACUGUAUAGAGAGGCCGCCCGUGCUAUGGAGGCCCAGAAAACCGGAGAGGCUAUUGAACUUUUCAAGGAGGGACUGGAGAUGUUUUUCCAUGUGGCAGCUCUGCCCCACAAGGACACGCUGAUUGCUCAGCAAUCGCUCAAUAAAUGUUUGUCCGACACAGGCACCACCUUCAAAAAGGAGGGAAAAUAAAAAACAAUUGUCACUGGCUUAUGCAUGUAUUAUUAAGUCGUUUUUUCUACUUCAAUACAAAAUAUACUACCAUUAAAAUAUUUAA